AGCAUUGCGUAAGGGACAUGGUGAUGAUGGGCCACAACCGUGGGGAAUGGGGAAUGUCGGAUUCCAAAACUUUGCUUCUACCAAACGCACUUCUUCAUCUCAUCAUAUGAUCAAACUUCAAUGUUUUCUACCCAACUGUUUGAGUAUUCACUCUGGUCAUGGAUGUUCCCUUGCCAUUAGAUAAAUUAGCUUUAGAACUGAUUAGCAAUGAACCCUCCCCUGGAAACACAAGCAAGAUAUAUGUAAUUCUGGUGGCAACUGGAAGCUUUAAUCCGCCUACUUUCAUGCAUUUACGCAUGUUUGAGCUUGCAAGAGAUGCGUUGAAUUCCAAAGGCUACUGUGUAAUAGGAGGUUACAUGUCACCUGUGAAUGAUGCAUACAAGAAAAAGAACCUAAUAUCUGCUGAACAUCGAAUACGGUUAUGCAAUCUAGCCUGCAAAAGUUCAGAAUUUGUAAUGGUUGAUCCAUGGGAGGCAAAUCAAAGCACGUAUCAACGCACUUUAACUGUUCUCUCCAGGGUCCACGGUUCUAUUUGUGAGACAGGGUUGGUAUCAAGAGAAUCCCUCAAGGUCAUGCUUGUUUGUGGGUCUGAUCUCCUCCAUUCUUUUGGCAUUCCUGGAUUCUGGAUUCCUGACCAGGUUAAGGCUAUAUGCAGAGAUUAUGGAGUAGUCUGCAUCCGCAGAGAAGGACAAGAUGUGGAGAAGACUAUAUCUAAUGAUGAAAUUUUGAAUGAGAAUCAGGCUAAUAUUGAAGUUGUAGAUGAGCUUGUGCCAAAUCAAAUCAGCUCAACGAGAGUAAGGGAUUGCAUUGCAAGAGGAUUAUCAAUAAAAUACCUUACUGCGGAUGAAGUGAUUGAUUAUAUCAGAGAGCAGCAAUUAUACUCGAAUUCAGAUGAUAAAUAAUUGCAACACAUUGUAUUUUAUAUUGUUUGUUAGUCUCUUUUAGAGCCAUUAAGAUAACUAUGAGGUCUUUUUUCUUUGAGGUGGUUUUUGAGGUUGUAAAUUUGCAGAUAAGUAACAUCAUAUGACUUCACAAGGCAAUAUCAAAUAAUUGAUUUAAGAAUAGUAUUAA